AUGGCGCACCAUUCGGACAUUACUUCUGACAUAGAUUCGGACGUGUUCGAUUCCGAUGAUGAUGAUAAUGAAGAAUUUACUACAUUUCGAGGUCCGUGGUUUAAUGUAGUGGAUCCUAGCUCGUUUAUCAUGCCGGACCCUGAUUUCCAAGAAGAAACAGGGCCCGUCAAUUUUGAUCCAGGUAUGUCAAGUUUGGAGUUUUUCAUGAAGUUUCUCCAGCAUGAUCAACACGACAUUGUUGAUGUUCUUGUAAGGGAGACAAACCGUUAUGCAGAUCAGGAGAUAUCAAGAAGAAGCAGGCCCCCCAUGAUUUUAGGUCCACAUUCACGGUUCCGUGAUUGGUAUCCCGUAACCCGAGAGGAGAUGUUGGCUUUUAUGGGCAUUGUGUUGAGCAUGGGGGUAGUGAAGAAACCAACAUAUGAAUCUUACUGGGAGAGUAAUACACGUGCUUGGUCAAUGGAAACUCCAAAUUUUUCCCAAAUCAUGGCUAGAAAUCGAUUUCAAGCCAUACUGCAGUUUCUCCAUUGCAAUGAUAACACAACGGCAGCAGAACCUGGGGAAAUUGGGUAUGAUCCACUUCACAAAAUUUCUCCAAUCAUUGAGUUUUUCAACGAAACCUUCAGCCGAAAUUACAAGCUUAACCGGGAUGUUUGUGUAGAUGAAAGAAUAGUAGGUUUUAAAGGAAGGCAUCAACUCAAACAAUACAUCUCAAAUAAGAAGGCACACAGAUGGGGGAUCAAACUUUGGGUGCUGUCCGACUCCACUUCUGGGUACACUCAUCACAUUAACGUAUACAAAGGCAGGAGAAAUGAGCGACGCAGUCCGAACGGACAAGGUUAUCAGGCAGUAAUGGACUUGAUGGAACCCCAUUUCUACAAAGAGCAUCAUGUCACUUUCGACAGUUUUUUCACCAGCCCCAGACUGGUAUACGAUCUCUUGGACAAGGACACCCAUAGUACAGGAACAGUUAUCAAGUCUCGAAAGGAUAUGCCUUCCAGUUUUAAGAACCCAGCAAUGCAGAGAGGAGAUGUGAAUGUUAAGACACGUGCUGGAGUGAUGGCUGUACAGUGGGCAGACAGGAGAGUUGUAUCUUUGUUGACCACUACUGGUUCUGCAAGGCAAAUACAAACAACAAAUGGAAAGGGUCGCGAAGUUUCUAUUCCUGCCAUAAUAGAUACCUACAAUCUUACGAUGGGAGGGGUCGAUCUCGGAGAUCAACUAAUUCUCCAAUUUGAGCCACAGUUCAAGAGUUUAAAGAUGUGGAGAAAACUCCUAUUUCACUCUCUUGUAACCGCAGCAGUAAAUGCCUAUAUUUGCUACCGAGAUUCCUUCAUUGUACAACACAAAAUGGAUCAUCUGAAGUUUCACCAGCAGCUUUGCCAAGAACUUAUUGGAGGGUUUCGACAGGGUAGUAGGAACAGACAGCUGCGUUUGAUACCAGUCCAACACAGAACCUUGGCAAGAUUGUCCGAGAGACACUUUCCGUCCAAAAUACCAGAUGGUAAGCGUAAGAGAUGUGCUGUUUGUGCAGGACAUGGAGGCAAAUUCAGGAAGACAAGAAUUCAGUGGUGGUGUGAGGACUGCAGGGUCGGACUCUGUGUAGAGGGAUGCUUUAGGAAAUUUCACACGAGGAUCAAUUUUGAGGCGUAGUUGGAACACACAUAUAACAAACGAUUACUCUACUCACUAUGAAACUACCUUGCAUUUAAUCUAAUUAUGGUGUGUGUGUUUGACAGAGAGAGAGCGGGAUUUAUUUAUUACCUAUAUUUAUAUUCUUAUUACAGAUAAAUUCGAACCUAUUUAUA